AUGCCUGGCGGAAAGGGAAAAUCUAUCGGUGGAAAGGGUGGAAAGGGUGAUGCUGCGGGGAAGGCCCAGAAGUCUCACAGCGCAAAGGCCGGCCUGCAGUUCCCCUGUGGUCGUGUCAAGCGUUUCUUGAAGAACAACACCCAGAACAAGAUGCGUGUUGGCGCUAAGGCCGCUGUUUAUGUGACCGCUGUCCUCGAGUACCUUACCGCCGAAGUCCUCGAAUUGGCCGGCAACGCCGCGAAGGAUCUCAAGGUCAAGCGUAUCACCCCGCGCCACCUGCAACUCGCCAUCCGUGGUGAUGAGGAGCUGGACACUCUUAUCCGUGCGACUAUCGCCUUCGGAGGUGUGCUGCCCCGCAUCAACCGUGCACUCCUCCUGAAGGUCGAGCAGAAGAAGAAGGGUGGUCUUCUCGAGUAA